AUGAAUAAUAAUAAUUAUUAUUAUUAUAAGAAAAAUAAAAAUACGAAUAAGAAGACUAGCUUUCUUGAAUCAAAAUAUGAUAAAGUUGUAAACAAUGUAUUAGGGUUAUUUAAAAAAAAUAACAAAAACAAAUUUCUUUCAACAUCUUCAGCCUUAUGUAAUGAUGUACAUGAACAAAUAUUAAGCUCAAGAUUAUUUCUGGAUUUGUGUGAGGAAAAGGAAAUAUUAUUAUACAAGAUAUUAAAAAAAUUGAAUAUAUUAAAUUUGAUUUAUUUUCGUUUUUUAAAAGAAGAAGAUAUCGAAGAUGUUCAUGAUUUACAUAAAGAAUUAUUCCCUGUAAAAUAUCAUUCGGAUUUUUACUUCAGUAUAUGUAAUUUUGAUGAUAAUACAAUAAUUGAUGAUGAUAUUAUAAAAACUAUGGAGAAAAUAACUAGUUCCUUCAAAAAAAAUACAAACAGAAGAAAAUACAAUAGUAAUAAUAAUAAAAACAACAACAAUAAUAAUAAUAAUAAUGAUAAUAAUGAUGACAAUAAUUGUGGUAAUAAUCAUGGUUGUAAUAAUUACAGUGAAAUUGCGUCGUCAUUAAAAGAAGGGAGUCAUAAUACAAACAGUAAUAAUUUUAAAGACAUUAAUUUUGUAAAUAAUUAUGAAUGUAAUAAUCAUAAUAAUGUAAAUUCAUAUGAUGAAUUGUCAACAAAUUGUUGGAACAUAAAUGAUGAUGAAAUGAAUGAUAUAGACAAUUAUUAUGAUAAUGAUGAGUAUUUAGAAGAAACACAAAAUGAUAUUUUAAAUAAAUUUAAUAAUUCAAUAGAUAAAAGUGGAAUAGAAAAGAAAAAAAUAAAUAAAAAGUGGAAAGAAGAUCAAAUAUUUUCAGUGGGUGUAUUUUUACCAUUUUCCUUUAUCGAUUAUAUUAAUAGUGAUUAUAUAAAUAAAUUGUUGAAGAGAAAAUGUAUAGAAAAAUUGGGAGAAAAGGAUAUUUUACUAGACUAUAUAAGAUUUAUGGAUGAUUGUAAUGUUAAAUAUGAACAAAAUAAUACAAAUGAUAAAUUUGAUAAAUUUGACACGUCUGAUAAAUUUGAUACGUAUGAUAAAAUUGAUACAUCUGAUAAAUUUGAUACAUUUGAUAAAUAUGAUACAUGUGGUAAUUACUAUAAUUAUGAUAGUAGUAAUAUCAAUGAUGAUAGUAAUUCAUAUUGUCAUGAUACUCAUAUUAAUAAUAUGAAGUCACAUUCAAAUUCUACAAAUAACAGUCAAAAAAGUACUUCAAAUUGUACUUAUGAAUCAUUUAAAACAUAUUGUAAUUUUGAAACAGGGGAUAAAUACUAUAAAGAAAAUAUCGAUUAUGAUAAUUUAAAAAAUCAAAAGAGGUUGACAAAUGAAGUAGAUGCUAAAGAAAUGUCAGAUUUUAUUUUAUCAUCAAAUGAAUGUAGUAAUAAUAUGAAUGAUAAGGAAACACAAAAUGGAUUUGAUAGUCUAAAUGAAGAGGAAGCUUUUAAAAAAGAAGAUAUACAGGUUAAUCCUAAUAAAAAUUUUUAUGAUUGUAAUAAUAAUUCUUCUCCUACGAAUAAUAUUAGUCAUUAUAAACAUUAUGAUAUUUUUAAUUUUAAUGACAAAAAAGAGGAGCAUACAAGCUUUAAUAAAUCUAAUAAUAGUAAUAAUAAUAAUAAUAAUUUGAAAAACACAACUUAUAAUAUGAUUAAUCCCAAUAAUGUUUACAGAAAUGUAGGUACAUUACCAUGUAAUAUACAAAGAAACAAUAACAAUAAUAACAGCAACAACAAUAAUAAUAAUAAUGACCUUAUGUACAAUUCUUUUAGUAAUAUAAAUUAUGAUAAUGAAAAUAUUUACAAUAUAUACAAAGAACUUAAAGAAAAGUGUCAACUAUAUAAUGAAAGGAAUAGCUUAGAAGAACAUAUUAAAAAUAAUAUGAAAUACAAAAUACAUUUAAGUAAAGAAAUGUUAAAUUUAUACAAUCCAAAUGAAAGAAAAAUUAAAAGAGAUUAUUUGAUUGGAUGCUUAUCCUCUUUAAUUAAUUAUGAUGAUAUUAAUAAUGAAAAGGAUUAUAAUAAUAUUUGUGAUUUUUUUAAAAAAAAGUCAAAUAAUAAUAAAAAGGGAAAGAGCUAUUUAAGGUAUAUGUAUGAUACGUCGAAGAAUUUUCUAGAAAAUUAUAUGCCUAUAGAAAGAUGUUUUAACUCGAAAAAUGACGAUCACAUAUAUGAAGAAAAUUUUAAGGAUGAUAAGUUUAAUUAUGAUCAUGAAUAUAGUGACGACAACAACAGUAACAAUGAUAGUAAUGAUAAUAACAACAACAAUAAUAAUAAUAAUAGCAGUAAUGAUAAUAAUUGUAAGAAUUAUUAUAAUUAUAAUUAUAAUAGUAAUAGUAAUAAUGAUGCAAAAGAUGUGCUAUAUAAAAACCAUAGAGAACAAGAUGAAUUGACGUAUGAAGAAAAUAAUUUCAACCAAUGUAUAGAAGAAUCAUACACACAUUUAAAUAAUAUAAAAGAUAAUUUUAAUUAUUCUGGAGAUAUUAAAUGGAGAAAACAGGAUAAUUUAUUUUGUAAUAAUAUAUUAAAAGAUUUAUCAAUAUUAAAAAAAAACAAAUGUGUAAAAAAAGAUGCUCGUUUUGAAAAAAUUUUAUAUGAAGAAAUUUAUAUGAAUAAAAAUAUAAAAGCAAUGUCGAAGAAAUAUGUAAAAAAAAAAAUUAGUAGUAUAUAUAUUUUAACCGUUGGAGUAAAUGAAUAUUUCCGAGGACUUAGUUUAGCAUCUUACCUUAUUGAAUACACUAUUUAUUUUUUUUAUUUUAUUCUAUAUAAAAUGUUUUUAUAUAAUGACAAAUUUUAUUGCUAUAUUGAUAAUUAUACAUUCUAUAGUUUCUCUAGUAGUCUUAAGGAUGAAUAUAAUGAAAUAUUUGAUGAAGGGGUUAUAAGUGAUUACUCUUCAAAAGACAUGGAAAAUAAUGAAGAAAAAAAAGAUAAAGAAGCGAACUCUUUAAUUAUAUAUGAUGAAUGUGAAAAAAUAAAUCCAAUAAAAAUUAAUGACAAUAUAUAUAAUAAUAAAAUAUCUUGUGUUGAUGAUGAACACAUUACAUAUAAUAAUAAUAAUAAUGUAAACGAAGAUAUUAAUGCAACAAAAAAAAAAAAGAAAAAAAAAAAAAAAUUUUACACAUUAAAAUACACCAACAGCUCACUGAAUGUAUGGGGGAAAUUUAAAAAUACAAAUAGUACAGAAAAUAAUGAUUAUAAUAAUGAUAAUAAUGAUUUUGAUAUUAAACGUAAAUCUUGUAGUAUGAACAGUAAUAUUUUGCUAAGAUAUAUUCCAAAAAAUCCAAAAGGAAAAAAUAAUUAUAGUAUUUGUAAUAGUGUUAUAAAAGAAUGUUAUAUGCAAAUUAUAUCAAAUGAUUAUUUUCUUCAUCUAUAUCAUAAUAUUCGUAAUAAACACAGUGAACUCAGAAGAAAAGUAAAACAUAUAAAAAAUAUAAAUAAUAUGGAAAUUGAUAAUAAUAAUAAAAAAAGUAAUACUACUACUACUACUACUACUACUAAUAAUAAUAAUAAUAAUAAUAAUAAUAAUAAUAAUAGUAAUAAUAAUAUUACUAAUAAAGAUAAUUCAUCAUUUCUAAUGGCUAAUCUGAUCCAACCCAAAAAUGCUUUGUUCCCUCUUCGUAUAAAUAACAAAAUAUUAAACUUUUUUGUUAAUAACUUUUGUGCUUAUAAUCUAAAAGAUAAAACAUCUUUUAAUUUACAAAAAGUUAAUACUGUCAAACCAUUUAUAAAUAAUAAUGAAGAAAAUUAUAUUCUUCCGUUGUACAUAUAUUUACAUGUUAUAGACUAUAACAAAGCAGCUAUUAAUUUGUAUAACAAAUUAAAUUUUGAUUAUGUGCAUACAUAUGAAAACUUUUAUUACAUUAAUAAAAUUGCCUUUUCAUCUUAUUUGUAUGCUUAUUUUUUUUAA